GUCAAUCUUAGUGUAGAAGGAAAAGAAGCUGAAAGCGGAAGUAGAGUUUUCUGGUGUCCUUGUGCGACUGACGGACUGAAGAGAUGAACAGACACAUAUUUGCGUUCCAGCAGGUGGCGCGGCGGACCAUUUCCAGCUCCGUCCGCCGGCAGGUUGACAACAAAGUGCCGCAGAAGCAGAAGCUGUUUCAGGAGGAUAAUGGGAUGCCGAUUCAUUUAAAAGGAGGCACCGGCGAUGCUGUGCUGUACAGAACAACGAUGGCCCUCACUGUCCUGGGUACUGGAUAUGUUGUGUAUGAACUGGUGAAGGCUGCGUUCCCUCAAAAGAGAGACUAACUCCACUGCAACAGCUGUUUACGUUCAUUUUACAAAUCGGCCAGCCGCUUUAUAUUGUAAAAAAGAUGAUAACCCUUCCGUCUGUGCCGGGCCGGGUGUUUCCUGUCAUGAUGGGAUUCUGUUUUCAUGUUCAUGGGAUCAAUAUUUAUUUCUUGCACUCUGUGGUAACCUGAGGAUCAAUAAAAUAUGCCUCUCAUGACAAAAA